AUGACCAUGGCACCUAUAAAUCGGUUUCAACAUGCGGUAUCGUCAAAUUUUGAUGAAUUAGUAUUCGGAAAUAAGCAAGAGGCCGAGUCAAAUCCUUCGGAGUCUCGGAAUUCGGUGACACCACAAAGAACCGAAGAGUCAAAAAAGUACAUCAAAGAAUUUUUAUCAAAAGUGAGACCGGAAUUACUUAAGAAACGUGGAAUGAAGACUAUCAUACCGAUCAAAGAUUUAAUGCGCCAAUCUGUCUUGACCAGAAUGGAAAGUAUUGUCGAUGCGAUGGAGGUUGACAACGAUCAGAACCGCGUGGAAAAAAUGGAUUGGAUGAAGAUUGAGAACGACGAGAUGGUUAACCGGGAAACGAGCCGCAUGACCGAACUAUCGGUGGAUGACGACACGUUGAAUUUGCUGGCAGACAAAAGCAAAGUCUGGAUGAAGUUGUUGCAGUUCGGAGAAGAUAAACGUCCUGCAUAUUAUGGCACAUGGACAAAAACUAGCAAAAAGAUAUCUGCACGGAAUCCGUUCGCCAAAGAUACUGAUAUUUUUGAUUACGAUUACGAUAGUGAAGCUGAAUGGGUGGAGGAUGAGGGUGACGAAUGCAAAAGUGAUGAGGAAGAAAAGGAACCCGAAGAAGAAGAUUCCCAGGACGAUGACUGGAUCGUACCUAAUGGAUAUCUGUCGGAAGAUGAGAUCCACGAAUCGGACGAAUCUUUUUCUUCCCCAUCAUCGCCUGCCAAAAAGUUAUCGGGAAGUGACAAGCCUAAAAUAGUUGACGUAUUGCGGCCAGUAGUGAUCGGACCGGUCUUCGAAGAAUAUCCUGGGGUCCCUGAUCACCAGUUAAGCCAAUAUAGUGCAAGAUUUUUAAGUGCGGAUGUUUCAGCACCCUAUAAUGUUUUCACGAGUCCACCAAUACAAAUUCAUUGUACUAACAGGUCAACAGGACAGAACAAACGAAAGGUCAGAAACACGACUGAGAUCAACGGUUGUAACUUUGAAAAAGAGCAACCGCUGGUCAGUAAACAAAGAGAUAAGGGUAGAACGAACCGCAACACGAAAAUCGAAAUUGAUGAAUCGAAACAAGCGAUGGAUUACACAUUUAUCAACGAGAUGGUCAUAUAA